AUCCCCGGGGUGGGUGGGUCCCAAUCACCACGACACAGCGCGUCCUCGGGUUGCGGAUAGAGGAAAAGCCUCGCUAUCUCGGUUGAGGAUAGAGGUUAGCUGCGAAUAAAUUGAAUAAGCAGUCGCGGACAGCCGAUUGGAAUGGUCCUCCUGUUUGGGGGUUGGGCGUGGGUUUGAUAGGCUCACACCGUGAAACGACUUUAUCUAGAAACAACCAAAACUCGCCAUGGAUUCUUCUGGGGUAAAAUUUUCCGGAGGUAAACUAGUCCCCCGUUCGGAUCUCCGGGUGGGGACUACCUCGGGGAACUCAUGUCGUAUAAAGUCAAAACACGGGAGAGACAUCAAAGUGGGUACGUGGAACGUCCGAAGUCUUUACAGACCUGGGGCGUUUCAAUCGAUGGUCGGGGAGGUCGAAAGGUACGGGGUAGAAGUUGUCGCGUUGCAAGAAACAAGAUGGGCCGGGGAGGGUUCGCUUAAUGCGGGUUCGUACACGCUUCACUAUGGAGGGUCGGAGAUCCAUAGUCUUGGCAUCGGUUUUAUGAUUAAUAGGAAAAUCUUAUCCGCGGUAAAAGACAUUAAAUUUAUAAACGAAAGAUUAGGAUUGCUCGUUGUGCAGGGCCGAUGGUACAAGAUCGCGAUAAUCAACGUACACGCGCCGACGGAAGAUAAAGAUGGCGAAAUUAAAGACGGGUUCUACGAAGAACUCGAACACCUCGUGGAUCAAUUACCGAACGAUUACAUGAAAAUAGUCGUGGGAGAUUUUAACGCGAAAAUCGGUAAAGAGGACAUUUUUAGACCAACGAUCGGGCUCGAAAGUUUGCACGAGGAAAGUAACGAUAACGGAGUGAGGGUAAUUAACUUUGCGACCGGCAAAAAUCUUAUCGUCAAAAGCACGUAUUUUAAACACAAAAAUAUCCAUAAACAAACUUGGAUUUCCCCGGAUGGAGGCACGCGUAACCAAAUUGAUCACGUUCUUGCAGAUAAACGGCGUCACACGAACGUACUCGAUGUCAGGUCUUAUAGGGGGGCGGAUUGCGACUCGGAUCACCUCUUUGUAAUUGCCAAAAUCAGGGAACGUCUUUCGCUAAACAAAACUAACGGGCAGUUGUUUGGAACUAAACGUCUAAAUGUACAAGGUUUGAUCGAGGGAGAAAACGGAAUAAAAUACGCGGUCGAAGUAACGAAUAGACUCGCGGCUUCAAAGGAAAUAGAUGAAUCGGAUGAUAACACGGUUGAUAAACACUGGGAAAACGUACGAGACGCGAUAGUAAAAUCGGCGGAGGCCACGGUUGGUUUUUGUAAAAGGAACAAAAACAAGCCGUGGUUUGACGAAGAAUGCGUAAAAAUUGUUAAAGUACGAAACGAAGCGCGCAUCACGUGGUUGGCUCAAAAUACGAAGGAAACUCGGGAUCAGUUUCUUAAGAUUAGGCAAGAGGCUCAUAAUAUGUUUAAAAUUAAGAAGCGUCAAUACUUAAAACGUAAAAUUGAAGAAAUAGAUGAAAAUUGUAAAAGCAGUAACGUACGAGGCACGUACAUGGGGAUAAAUAAUUUUAGAAAGGGAUUCCAAGCUAGGACGGAAAUGGUGAAAGAUGAGAACGAUAAUUUAGUUACGGAUACAACGGCAGUUUUAAACACAUGGAAAAAUUAUUUUGAUCGGUUAUUGAAUGUCGAAUCUGAAAACGACCGGGAAAUAGAGAAUUUUGAGUAUCACACGGCUGAACCUAGGAUUAACGAACCGACAAUUUCAGAAGUAGAAAGCGCGAUUAAAAAAUUAAAAAAUCACAAAGCACCGGGUAAUGACUUGAUUCCGGCGGAACUGAUUAAAUGGGGGGGAAGUAGAUUGAUAGAAGAAAUUCAGAAAUUAAUUAUCUUAAUAUGGAAUAAAGAAGCAUUGCCGGAACAAUGGAAAGAUUAUGAGAUAAUUGGAGAUCAUCAAUGCGGCUUUAGGAGAAAUAGAUCGACUGCGGACCAAAUCUUUACUAUUCGGCAAAUCUUGGAGAAAAAAUGGGAAUUCGACCAAUCGAAAAUGACUGGUAGUGAAGACACGAUUAUAGUGGACAUGGAAUUUCUAAUUGAAUAUGAAUGUGCGUCACAUAAUAUUGAACUUAUUCAGCCAUCAUUUUUACGAGCUAAGAAACAGUUGUUGCACGAAGAGGCUGAACAAAAAGAAGACCUGAUGGAUAUCAUCGACGAAGUAUUCGAAGAUGCGAAUUUUGAGGCAGUAAUGGAUAAUGAUGAGGACGCAUUAUCAGAAGAUGACGGUUAUAAUAGUGAUCAGAGUGAGGAUCAGAGUGAAGAUAUUAAGAACAAAACAUAUCCUGAGGAAGUAAUGGCAAUGAACGUGCUAAUGAAACAACACGCUGUUAUCGUUGCUAUACACGCAAAUCACAGCGAUCUUGAAAUCUCCGAAUUUUUGAAAUUCACCCGAUCGUUUGUUCAUAAAGUUCAUCGAGAGUUAGAAGCAUCUGAUGGCAAUGUAGAAAGUGUUGCCAAGCGCAAAAAACAUAAGGCACGUUCAGACAGAGUUAGAACAUCAUAUUUUGUGCAGCAAGUCCAGGACAUUAUUGAUGAAGACCUUUCAAAGUCCAUAAAGGCCAUAUCGAGAGACCUUCAAGUUUCUGAGUGCACAAUCCAUCGCAUUGUCCACGAAGAUCCUACAAUCAGUACAAGUGAUGCGCAAAGCUCCCCGGAUCUUAAUCCUUUGGAUUACUAUGUAUGGGGCGUUGUUGAACGGGAGACCAAUAAACAUCCCCAUAACACGCUUGAUUUCCUAAGAGCAGCUAUUACCAGAGUAAUGACGCAUAUGGACGAGGAUCAUUUAAUUCGGGCAUGCAAACGUUUCCGGCAGAGAAUUGAAGCUGUUAUUGCCGCUGAAGGCGAUUUUAUCGAUUAA